UGCGGCCGACGGCGUCGCGCGGCGUCGUUCGUCCCGUGAAAAUUUUCGGGAAAAUCUCGUCGCGACUUUCGUCCUCGUUAAAGAAAUUCUGAAACGUGAAAAAUGGAUUUUCACCGUCGUGGUGCGUGUGUUACGUGAUGAUGGUGUGAACAUUUUUGCCUUUUUUUACUAUUUGUUUAGAAAUUUUUAUUAUUAGUUUUCUGAGGAAUUAUGAGCGGUUUUUGUUAUUUGAUAUUGGCUUAAUAUCGUUUAGCACUAAUAUAAACAUUAUAUAAACAUGUCAUACAUAAUUAUAUAAAACGUUUAUGUAACCUCGCAAACAAAAAGUGACAAACCGAACAAUGUGCAUCGUCAUCAUCGGUGUUUCAGUGAACAGCAUCUGUGCCCCAUAGAUCAGCAGCAUUUUUUAUUUGAGGAUUAUAUUCCAGAUAUGAGUCGGACAAAUAAGGGAGACGGUUUAGCGAAAUCCGAACCCACGUCAAAGGAUAUGACAGCAGUUAAUGCGUCGAUUCAUGAAUUUUCACCGGUACGUUUGCCCCUUCAACCAUACUCCGGUAGUCCGGCGGUUUUUAUGUAUUCAACCGCGUCCAACGACGGUAGUGUCACCCUGCAGCUUAAAGAACAUGAAGCUUUUGACAGAAACGGUUUGGCGGUAAUGUUGGCAAAAAUCCAAGAGAACUCCUCUUUUCCCAUCUACUCUCAAGAAACUGAUCUGCUGUUAGACGAAGGAAUCAACGUUCUUUUAGGCUCCGGUAGUUCCGGAGAAAACUCCGGUACAGACACUGUAACCGCUUCUUUCGACUUCUUCGACUCGUCCAGUGCCCACGAUCUCACCCUAUCACCCCAAACUCUUUCCAAUACUACUGAGGCCUUAAUUAAUGACAAUUCUAACAGUUUAGGACUACCCGCCGAUAACGAUACCGUAUCGACAACAACAAAAGACGACGAGAAACCGUCGGGCAGCUACACGCCGGAACCGAAAGGAAAACGGGCCAAAACCAAACCGACUUCCCCUAAUAGACAAGGACCUCAGCAAUGUACGGUGUGCUCCAAGGUAUUCGGAAACGCAUCAGCUCUGGCCAAACAUAAGCUGACCCAUAGCGACGAGCGCAAGUACAUCUGCACCGUCUGCAACAAAGCGUUCAAACGUCAAGAUCACUUGAACGGCCACAUGUUGACGCACCGCAAUAAGAAACCGUACGAGUGUAAAGCGGACGGAUGCGGCAAGAGUUACUGUGACGCGAGAUCAUUGAGGAGACACAACGAGAACCACCACGUGACGUCACACUCUUCCGGUGGUAGUACGACGACCAUGUCGCCAGCACAGGGUGCGGCGAGUGGAGAUGCCGCAUCGCCGCACGGGAGCAGUUGCAUCCAGUACGCUCCACCCCCGUCUGGAUCUCCGAAGGAGGUUAAGGAGGGAAAGACGCAGUUGCAACAGUUGUUGUCUACGGAGUCGAAGAGCAUGGGAAGUAACAACGACGGUUUAACUAAGCAACAGUUGGACCUGAUCCAUCAGAUUAUGGAACAGACCCAGAGGCAGAGCCAGAACGUUCCCUCGCCCUCAUCCAGUAAACCGUCACCUAAGAAGUCCAAAUCCAGGAGUAAGGAUAAAACUGUGGCGGCGGCCAGUUCUACAUCUUGGUCACCAAAUUCGCAACAACAAUCAUGCACCCCAGUAAAGACAAUCUCCACGGGGGCACCGAGCCCCCAGGGCAAAGUGACCACCACGACCCCAUCGACCCCAUCCCCCACCGACCAGGAUAAGACCCCCAUUCUAAAACCGGUGGAAUGUAACCUUUGCAAAAGGCGUUUUAAGAACAUCCCAGCCCUGAAUGGACACAUGAGACUCCACGGGGGAUAUUUUAAAAAGGAUCCAGAUCCGAAAAAGACCGAUAAAAAAGAGCACACCGGCCCCCCACUCCAAACCGCAAGCAGCAGCGUCCGCGCCCUCAUCGAGGAAAAGAUCAUCAGCAAAAGAAACUCCUCACCGAGCACCAGCAGCUCCACCGAAACAGUGACGCACACCUCCUCAUCAACGCAAGUAGACAUGGACCCGAAACUCCCGUCGUUCGUGGUCCCCGCCCCUCCUCAACACUCUACAGUAGUCGACAAAACUCGUAGACAUUCCGACGCGGAGGCCCUGAAGACCUCCCACUCCUCACACAACUACCAAGACGCCCAAGCGAUCGCCGACUUGAUAGUCAAGAGGGAAAAAUUAUCGGUGAAACGCACCACCUCUGAUCCUGGCCAGAAUAAUACGUCUGCACAGCAGCUCCUACAGUACCGUUCCGAGUCGUUUUCCUUGGACGGAGUCGAGAUGUACCAGGAGGAACCCCAGUUCGUCACCCCCAGUCUGGAGGACGAGGUGUUCAGCAACAAUAGUAUGAUGCUCCAAGGGGUCGACCCCAAUCAGCUCCAGUUCCAAGCAGAUUCUCUGGACGACAAUUUGCUUUCAAUCAGAGAUGAGAACUUGCUAGGAAUCAAGCCCCAAGGGGAUGAGGACCUGCAGGAGCUGAGCCUGGAUGACAUAGCCAGUUUGCACGAGGAACCUAUGACCAUUUACCCUGGAGAGCAUACGCCUGAUCAGCAACCUAUACAGAUCAGCGCGAACCAAGUGAACCAGAGCUUGCAAGCUGUGCUGAACUCACCAUUACCAGAGAGCUUGGCGGAGUUCAGCACCUACCACAUCCAGUCUCCUAGCUACCAAACUCAAUCCCCUAGCAACUACGCUCGAUCUCCACACAUAUUCACCGCACAAUCACCUUUGCAAAGUCCCAUGAUCAGGCAUGACUCUCCGGGUUUCACUUAUCCAACCCCGCCGGCAAGCCACGAGGGGCAAAGCCCGUGCUUCGGACAAAACAUCCCUCUGGUAUCCCCCAGCGAGGAGUUCGGCCACGUUAUGGAGCGAGGCAUCGACGAGCCUCCGCAAGCCUCCUCACCACUCUCCGCAGCUUUUUUCACCAGCACCAUGUCCAGCUCGGCGGAAGUCGAGGAGGCGAUCCAGGAAGUACUGCCCGGCGAAAGCCUCAAUGAAGACAACCUCUACCCUCUUUCAAACACACCCCCCUCGCAAUCUGAGAACGACUCUUUAGGUCUCACUCCGGUACCAUCCCCGCAAGUUUCUACCUCAAUCCCCUCGCCGCAUCCCUCCUCGAGUCAAUCAAUCCUCAAACCGUCUUCGGGUCAAUCUGGAUGGGGCACACCUCUAAUGCUUUCCAACUCUGAGGAUCCGUUACUGUCCAGUCAGCCCAAGGAUUGCGCUCCCAAGAAACGGAUUCAAUUGAACGGGGUGCCGGUGAGAUUGGUGAGUAAUCACGGACUGAUCGAGUUGAACAGCACCAACUUCACCGGGUUACUGGUGGAUGCCAAUGGGGAGUUGAAGCUGAUCCAGGCGAGCGGAGGCAGUUUUCCGGUGAAGAAUUUCGUGCUGUCCAAUGCUCAGCUGGUCACCACCAGCGGACAGGACCUGGGGAUGAAGGACAGCAGGGUGAAGGUGCAGAAGCUGACUAUUACCAAAGCUGUGCCCGCGAGUCCGGUGGCUACGAAGCUGAUCGCUAACAGGGCGAAGCUGGAGGUGAAACGGGAGGAUUGUAACGAUGUGUUUCUCAGUCCCACCACGAUUCCGACCAAUAGUCCAUCAAGGCAAUCGAGGAAGAGGUUGAGGAAUGAGCCGUUACCGUCGUCCCACCAUCAGUCGAAGCUGAGGACUACUAGGAUAAAGGGGCAGGGGACCGUAAGGUACACCGCCCAACCGAUUUUGAAUCCACAAAGGGGCGGCAGUGGACUUUAUUCCAGUAUAAAGUUUAAGUUGGGUGACGACCCCAACUGGAACGAUCCGCCUCCGGAAACAGACGCCACUCCUCACAUCAACAUCGGCCCUCAGAGCCAAUGCACCAUUCCCGCCUAUAGGGGAGUGCCAAAACGUACUACGCCACAACCCGUCUACGAAGAUCUCCUAUGGGAUCCUGGCAUUGGAGACUGUACGGAUUCCGAAGUGGAUAUGUAUCUGGAGUUCGCCUGUUGUGCCGCCAUCCCAGGCGGCGGUAGAAACAAAGAAUAUGCCAUGCAUCUCCUUCACAUGUGUUCCGGGAACAUUCAUGAGGCGAUGCUUCGUUUGAUGCAACCCACCCCACAUUUGCCCGCCGAUCAUCCCCUGUUGGCUUAUUCGUACUGUGAGAGCGAGAAGUGGACUUCGCUGGAGACGGAUUUGUUCCAUAGAUGUUUGUUGAAGUUCGACAAGGAUUUUAAUAGGAUAGCAGAAGAGAUAAAAUCGAAAUCGCUGAAGCAGUGUGUCCAGUUUUACUACGUGUGGAAGAAAGUGUGUGCGGACGAGUACAGCAGACUGAAGGCGCUCAGACAGAUGAAGAGGAAUCACAGGAAUCUGUCCGAUGCGGACGAUAAGGGUUUCCCGGAUGUUAAACUGUUGGGGAUGGCCGAGGGUGAUUCGCCCAUGAGACAUUUUUCGUGCGAAUAUCCCGAGUGUUCAGCCAGCUUCAAUUCGAGGGCGGCAUUGAACGGCCACAUCCGGAUCCACGGCGGCACGUCGCGCAACUCGCCGACGCCCUCGUCGACUGCGGGCGGCAACGGGGGCGGCAACCCGCCGUCCGAUCGCCGCCCAUCUGCCGCCGCAGCCGCCGCCGCGGCGCACGCGCACUCGUUCACCGUCUCGUCGACGAUCUGCCAUCCGGAUUCGACCGAUCAAGAGUAUCCGUGCAAGAUAUGCGGGAAAGUGUUUUCAAAAAUCAAGAGUCGCAGCGCGCACAUGAAAUCGCAUCGACCGCCGGACGCGGAGCCGUCGCGACGCCGCACCAACGACCACAAAGAACCCAAAGAAGUGGCCAAAGUGAAGGAGGAACUCCCUUCGAGCUACGAACCUUCCGUGCCAAGCCCUUUUAGUUUGUAGUACCUUAGUUAAUACAUUAUCCCUAGAUUAAUUAAUUUGAACGAGUGCGCGCGUCGCUACGUCGUUGUAUAAACGUCGCGACGCACGUCCCCCUCCCCCUCCACCCCCCCAAAAAAAAAAAAAAAGAAAUCAAAACAUGGUCACGGGCAAUCAAAUUUAUAAACGAAAAAAAUAAUAAGAGUCAGAUCAAAUUAUAGCCGUAAAUUUUAAAGAUAAACGCUAAGAUACUGCACGAUUUUAUAAAAAGACAUUAAUUUAGCAACAAAAAAAAAAAUGUUUAGGGUAUUAAUUUAAUGCAAAAAAAUAACAAAAAAUAUAAAUUAGUAUAGAAAAUGUAUAAACUCAAUCCAUAGAGUACCUACAGAGAUUUAUAUUUAAUAUUUAUUGGGGUUGUGUUACGUUACGUUAACGUUGACGUAACGUUAGUGCCUUCCGACUCUCGAGUGAGACACAACGUAAUUUUAUUUGCGCGGGAAAUUUUUGAAUUUUAGAAGAUUUUAACCCACCCCCACCCCCCGCGUUCGUUCUCCCGCACACGUUUUAGAGCGGGACACGCAAUUUGUGAACUGUGAGACAUUUGUUGUGCUCCCUUGUUCUGGUUCGUUAUGGCAGUAAAGGAAGAAAGAGACAGCGCGUUUUAAAGAUAAUUAUCUUUAAAAUUUACU